GCCGUGAGUAACAAUUUAGAGCCGGAGAAUCGAUUUACAACGACAGUACUGUUACAAGCGUUUCCGCAAGUCAAGUAUAUCAUCGAUUUGACAAACACAGAUCGCUACUACGAUGAGAAGGAAUUCACAAACUUUGGUGUCAAAUAUGAGAAAAUCAUGAUUCCUGGACGGGAAGUCCCUUCCACGGAGUCGGUGAUCAGAUUACAUUUUUCUUUUGUUUCAGAUGACAUCAUAGGAGUUCACUGCACUCAUGGUGUCAAUCGUUCGGGAUACCUAAUUUGUAGGUACCUCGUACAGCAAUUAGGUUGGGAACCAGAAUUUUGUUUGAAAGCAUUCGAGGAGGCUCGUGGCUAUUCGAUCGAGCGUAAAAUCUAUUUAAACGCGUUACAGAAAACGCCACGCGAGAAAAUCGACACGAGUAAGAUCAGCAUGGAAUCGAGCUCGUCAUCGAGCUACGAGUCUUUGAGUAAGAGGAAAUUGUUCAGCCACCCAGCAAGCGGAGGCAGAUUCGGCUUGUACACGAUGGGUCCACCAGGCCUCGUGUCGGCCAGGCGCGGUUUCGCGAAAGACGGUCCAUUCUCGCCGGGACAUUUCGGUUUUGGCGGGCCACCGCCAGGCUUCCGUCCUAUGCCACCUCCACCAGGCAUGCCACCCGUGCCACCGCUACCAGGUCCUCCGCCUAUGUACGGGCCGCGGCCGUUUAGGUACGGACCACCACCGGCACCGUCCAUGCGUCCGCCGCCACCUAGGCCAGGCUUCCCCUUCCUUGGUUUCCCGCCACCAAGACCUCCUCCGACCAUGUUACCUCCACCGAAAAUGCCUCCGCCACCUCCUCCACGCGUGACCUUACAGCAGUUGCAAACGCAGAAGAAGAAGUCGCACAUAAGACACGGCGUCGUGAGUAAAAACCGUGCUGGUGCAAUGAGACAGAAUAGCCAAUUGAGGAGGAUACUGCCAAAGCUGUUGAAAGAACAGGACUUCACGGUAGACACGUUCGAAGAGAAUUUGCUCGCGGUUUCGACUCAGACGAACAGGCGGCCAAACAAAGGAAGAUAUAACCAGAGGAAGUGACAGCGUGCCAUUUAGGAGGCAUGAUAUUACUUAAACGUACAAUAUCCCGUGUAAUUCGCUAUUGCCGAGAUUCGCAGCCUCUUCGAUGGCCAGUUGGCUGUUCGAAGGGCCAAGCAAUCGCGAGAAUGGACAACGGUUACUAACUAGUAAGGUUAGGUAACUAACUAAUUGGUGCCCAUCCUACGCAUCCAUCUCCUUUUUCUCCUCUGUCCACGCAACAUGUUCCUUGACACUAUUUUGAGAAUAACAUUCAUCAUUAAUGAAAAUAAAUGCACUUUGUCGAUAAUAUGAUUAUGAACCAGUCCAUUAUCAUUCACCUUUUAUAAUUGAUCGACUCCACGUCGAGAGGUUAUGGUUUAGUACUUAAUCGACGAUGAGAGAUCGCAAGUGUGCCAUUGUUAAUUCAAGGAUCACGGCUCAGUCUCGUGGUUUCUCGUGGUUAUAGACUGAAAAUAAACACUCCGGGGCAGGUUUGCUCCCUGUACGGUGUUUUCCAACCACUGUUUCAUCUUUAGAUACGAUACAUUCGGACGGCUCGUUAAGUAUAUUGCAUUGUUAACCACUUGCGUUGGAAACACGUGCCAUGCACGUCCAGAUCUUCUGCUACCAAAUUCGCCAACCACGUGUCGGAUACGUCGGUAGGUUGUUGCCGAAAUAAAGAAUGACGUGUGUGUCACGUCGACGGAUUACACCGCGACGCGUAUAGUCAUCGAUAUAGCUGCAAUACAUUUUAUCACGACGCAGGCAAAUCGAUUAAUAAAUUUAUUUUAUUUCAUUAAUUUCUCGGGGAGGCUAAGGGCUACGAAGGAGCCAUCCGCAAAGGCAAAAGAAUAAUCCACAGAGUGCAUGCAAAAUACACGCAGUGGAACCACGUAGAACUUCCAAGAAUCCCUUGCGGAACUACAUAUACCACGCUGUACAAAAUUACUUAAUAAACAAAGCUUUUCGCAUUUGUAUAAAAUUCUUUGCGUAAGACUUUGCCCAGCCUUCUCGUUUCAAGUCACGCCAGCGUGUUAGCAUGGCGUUUUGGCACACGCGUUCGCAGAUUCGUUGCCAGCGCAAGUGGUUAGCAUUGCCACAGUGAUCACCGAUCACCGGUUCUACGAAUUUUUCGAAUUCAUCUCAUCGCUCGUUUCAAUCAUUUUUUCAAAAUCUCAACAGUCGCAAAUAAAUAGCGAGUUUUCUUCUUUUCUGAUCGCAUUCUUUGACAAUUCCUCGUUAUAUCCUAAGAACCAAAUGUUAUUCUUGCCCCCUGAUCGUGUGACAGUUGUUAACACUAAACCUACCACAGUAUGAACGACGAUUCUCCAAUUUUUUAUCGAAAAUUCUGCAUUUAAUGUCAUCGAUUACUCGACUUCUCGAUAUUUCCCUGAAUAUACGUAUAUCAAUUUUUCUGUUUCUUCUUCUCUUCCAUUUCCUUUCAAGCUCUUUCA